AUGGCGGACAGCAGCGCAGUGCCCGCUGCAGGCUCCUCAAAUGGUGCUUCAAGCUCGCUAGCACCUGGCGACCCUCGCAAAGAGGGAGCGCUCAAGUCAUACAAGAAGGCUUUGAAGCAGCAUGAAGAUCUAUCGGAGGGGUUAAAGAAGCGUGAGUGUGAUGAUUCAUCAUCACGCGUUCACAGCAAAGCGGAGGGCAUAGUACUUUCGCUGAUAUCAUCACGCUCAAUCCACACGCGACAGUGCGUUUUGGGCUGCGUGAUCUGGAAAAGGACUACGACAAGACGGAGGAUGAUAUCAAGGCUUUGCAGUCGGUGGGGCAGAUCAUCGGCGAAGUGCUGAAGCAGCUCGACGACGAGAGGUGUGAGUUGCAAGCGCAAGCGUAAGCCUGGCGAUGCACAUCCUGCUCAUGCGCACGUUCGCGUCCCCGUCCCGUAGUCAUUGUCAAAGCAUCCUCAGGACCUCGUUACGUGGUUGGCAUCCGCUCCACUGUGCCCAAGCACAAGUUGAAGCAAGGUGUGCGAGUCAGUCUCGACAUGACCACCCUUACCAUCAUGCGCAUCCUGCCACGUGAGGUCGACCCGUUGGUGUACAACAUGAGCAUGGAAGACCCCGGUGAUGCCAACUUUGCUGGUAUCGGUGGCUUGCAAGAGCAGAUCAGGGAACUGAGAGAGGUAAGUCGGGUGCGCGUAGGCUAGCAUGGACGGCUUCUUAUUGGUGGUAGUACGCUGGCAGUACGCAGCCACCCGCGCUAGCCAGCUGAUGCCUCAUUAAAAAAGUUCAGAGCUGACCCGCCGCUUCUCGCUUCGUUUGUGUAGGUCAUCGAAUUGCCUCUGCUCAAUCCAGAACUUUUCUUGAGAGUAGGUAUCAAGCCCCCAAAGGGCGUUUUACUGUACGGACCUCCGGGUACGGGCAAGACUCUGCUUGCAAGAGCAGUUGCAGCCACGCUCGACACAAACUUCCUUAAAGUUGUUUCAAGUGCCAUCGUCGACAAGUACAUCGGAGAGAGUGCCAGAUUGGUGCGCGAAAUGUUUGGCUAUGCCAAAGAGCACGAACCUGUGAGUCGGAUCGCGUGGCCGAUCUCCAGGAGACUUUACAGAAAGCUGUGCCUCUUUGUUGAGAAGCAACGGAGGCUGACUCCGACUAAGCCUUGUUCAGACAAUCAUCUUCAUGGACGAGAUUGACGCUAUCGGUGGAAGGCGUUUUAGCGAGGGCACGAGUGCAGAUCGAGAGAUCCAGAGAACUUUGAUGGAGGUGAGUGAAGGCAAAAGCGCGCGAGCACCGUGAUCGGCGACUGACGUCCACCUCUUCAUGCUACAUCAAUCUGUAGCUUCUGAACCAAAUGGACGGAUUCGACUACCUUGGCAAGACAAAAAUUAUCUUUGCUACGAACAGACCAGACACGCUCGUGAGUCCGUGAUGAUGAAUUUGUUCUCCUGUGGCAAUGAGCUGACACCAGGCACGCCCGUAGGACCCUGCUCUGAUGAGACCAGGUCGUAUCGACCGAAAAAUUGAGAUCCCAUUGCCAAAUGAAGUGGCGCGUUUGGACAUCCUCAAGAUUCACGCGAGGCCUGUCGCUAAGAAAGACGAGCUGUGAGUGGCUUGCAGUCCGUAUGUCCGACGGCUGCGCUCGAUCUGCCCCUUAGGCUCAUGUUUUGUCAACGCCAUCCUACAGUGACUACGAGGCUAUCGUCAAAUUGUCUGACGGCUUCAACGCUGCAGAUUUGCGGAAUGUGGUAACCGAAGCGGGCAUGUUUGCCAUUAGAGAUGACAGGUGCGUUCCAAUGACGCGAUUACUGCGCUUCAAGACGGUGGCCCUGCACGAGAUGUGAUUUCACUGCUGUACUCGUGUGCUGACAUCGAGCAUCUUGCGCAUCCACGCAGAGAUUACAUCAUUCAGGAGGAUAUGGUUAAAGCAGCUCGAAAGUUGACCGAAGCAAAAUCCCACGAGAGCGCUGCAGACUACGGCAAGAACAUCUGA